GCCGGUUGGGCUAAGGACUAGGGGCCAGGGCAGAGAUCCUAUGGAAAGGACGCUGCACGCUGCGCCGCCGGGACCCAGAUUCUCUGGGAGAAUGAUCAGGAGCCGUUUCCCAGACCCAAGGAAUGAGCGCGAGCGAGGAAGGCAAUCUGGUGGUGCUAAAGGGCCUUGGAAGGCGGUCGGAGGGCAGGCGGGUUGUGGCGGCGGCCGUUACCAUGGUAACCAGGGGACCGGAAGUGGCGGUCCUAGGAUGUGACAGCUCCCUUCUCAGGCCUUCAGGCCGGGAUCCUCAGGACUCUACGCGGCACGCCGCAAGGAACGAAUUGUGUUGCCUCCCCGGCGGGAAGGGAAUGGAGGCUUUUCAAAACCUUUAAAGGAAGGCGGCAAAGAGAAGGCUUUUUUUUUUUUUUGCAUUGCUUCCAUGCCUGGCAAAGACCUGAGGAUGGAGCUGCAGCCAAGGAGACCCACAACCUUCCGGAAGUGGAAUGAAGGGAGCCUCAGCCUUGCUGUCCACCACCUCCCGGAAGCGGAAACAGAAUCCCAGCCGGGCCCCUUCCACACUGCCCUCCAGGUCCCACUGCAGCCAUUGCGGCAGCCACGAUGCCGAAGCGAAAGAAGCUGAUUCAGCAGCACCAGCCUCCACGACCGCAGGCCCCACUGCCCGAUCGCGAAGAGCUCGGAGACGACGACGACGACGGGAGUCCCAUCGGACCACCGAGCCUUCUGGGCCCUCCUCCAAUGGCCAAUGGGAAGCCCGGUGAUCCCAAGGCAGCUCUACACAGAGGUCCUCCGGGCUCUCGAGGACCAUUGAUACCACCACUGCUGAGUCUCCCGCCUCCUCCCCGGGGUAGAGGCCCAAUGCGGAGAGGCCUGGGUCCCAGGUUUGGCCCAUAUGGCCGUGGUUGGUGGGGAGUCAGUGCUGAGCCUCCUUUUCCGGGGCCGGGCCAUGGGGGUCCACCCAGGGGAGGCUUUCACAGAGAGCAGAGGAACCCUCGAAGGCUCAAGAGCUGGUCUCUCGUCAAGAAUACCUGCCCACCUACAGAUGGACCCCAGAUGAUGGAAGACAAAUCUGACCAACCCGUCUGCCGACACUUUGCCAAAAAGGGCCGUUGUCGAUACGAAGACUUCUGUGCCUUCUACCACCCAGGCGUCAACGGACCUCCCCUGUGAGACUGCCUUCCCAUCCGGCUGGGAUGAGCCCCCUGGGACCUGUGGCCAUACCUUCCCUGUGGCCCGGUGAUAGCUACUGUGAGGCUCCCACGAGACACCCCCUCUGUCAGUGACACCCACCCUCAGCCAGCACCUCCCCAUCAGGGUCCAGCGUGGGGUUUUAUCACCGGUACACCCGUUGCACUCCUGCGAUCCGGCCUCGGGGCCCCAUCCGGGCGCCCAGCAGCUGCCUCCUGGAGCCUUCUCCCCCUUUGCCAAAUGACUGCCGAACAGGAAACCUUGUUGGUGCUGUCUCUCGGGCAUCUGUCCACCUGUACCCGGUCUUGCCCUCCAUUCCCGAGAGUCCUGGAGCCGUUUCCCACCGUUCCCUUCUGCUGGCUGCUUUUCUGUGGCAUCCCCCACCCCCGGUGUUGUCAGCUGCUCUGUGGGACUCCCCAGGCUGCCGGGCCUGGGGUAAGGGUGAGAGACUGCCACCGAGUUCCUCCCAGCAAGGCCAUCCUCCUGACUUUGGGAUUUCAGUUUCUGCGUCAGUAGCAUGAGCCCAUCGCUAUGGUCUGUGAUCACGGUGCUUUGUGAAACUGUGCGCCCUCCUCCGUGUCCGUGGCCCUUUUUGUGGCUUCCCCACCCUAGAGUCCUUUUUCUGCCAAACUGGGCAGGCUCCUGGUGCCCUUCGGACAUUCCUCGGCCUUCCCAACCCGGGAGGAUGGUGAAACUUCCCAGGAGUCUGCCUGCCCGCUCCUUCCCAUUUCCCACCCCACGGUGGGGUCUUUGGGUCUGGCAGGCCCUUGUGGCACCGGAUUAACGCCUCUGCUGGGCCUGUCCCGUCUCCAGGCCAUGCUAGUUCAACUUUGUCAUUGGGAGGGCACCAGCCCUUUCCUGGGAAUUCUGUGAAUCUCCACCGGGUCUCUCACCAGGUGGAACCUGGACCAGACUGUCUCCCUCUUCCAGCCCCGCCCCCAUCCUUGGCACUGGUUGUUUUCUGUGAAAACGGCGGUGAACGGAUGCAGUUUUGAACUGCCCCAAGGACCUGGGUCAGGGGUUAUAUGGGCAAGAGGGGAGGACCAGAGCUGUUGGAGAAAGGAAAAUGACCUUUUCUGGGUUUUGGUUGGGGUUUUUUUUUAGAGUUUUUUUUUUUUUUAAUAUUAGUAAUAAAUGCGGUAGAAACGAGCAUUUCUCGCAUCCCCGUAUUCCAGGCACCUGUGAAGGUGCGGUCCUUCUCACGUGCUGCAGACAGCAUGUGCCUCAUGUAACCCACGCACAGCGGUGACUGAGAAACACCAAUGCUGAGCGUUUCUUCUCAUUGGAAAACAAGCGGGUGCCACCUACCUGCGGGCAUCCACCAGACUAACCUGCAUUGUGUUCAGGUGUCGGAAAAGGACGUAUUAGAGUGGGAUACUGAAACAUUUAUUGUUAUCUGUAGGUUUCGUGUAUACGGAAAGGUACGGAUGAAGCCUUUUCAAACCUAUUUGGUAGGCAUUGGGGCCCUAACUAGACAGUCAGCAGUUGACACCCACCCAUCCCUCUACAGGAGGAAGAUGCGGCUCUGCUCCCCCAAAGAUUUACCGUCUCAGAAACCAAAUCGGAGGCUUGCUAGGAGGCAGAACCGACGGCUCAUUGGCAGCGUGUUUGGGGUGGUUGGUUUUUGUAGGCCAGGCACCGUACUGGACUCUAAAAUAAACAGAUCUGAAAUCUAAA